AUGAUGAGGAGAGAGAAUAACGAGGUUGACAACCCGAUGAUACCUUCAAAGUCGAAUGCUCCUGUACUUGGGAUGAACGCACAAACCAACCCGAACCCGAACCCAUCGCAAACUGAUAGUAACGAAAUGAUGACGAUGAUGUCGGAGCAAUUGGUGGCGAUAAAGGGGAUGAUGAUGAACAUGAUGGAGGACAUGGGUUCAAUGAAAGCAAGAAUAAAUAAGAUGGAAGAGAAAGGAAGAAUUAGUUCACAAACAAUAGACAAGGAUAGGGACGACACUGCUGUGUUGACACCAAAGGGUCGGGGUUUAAAAAAUAGAUCGGAUAAGAGGAAGAAGGAUGAUGAGAACCUUGAGGAUUUAAUCCAGCAGGAUCGGAAUAAAAAGAGUGAUGGUCUCAAGGAGGUAGAAUUGGACGAGGAUAGACAUAUAGAGAUUAUGGAGAGGUAUGCGGCGGGACUCUACAGGGGUGGUGGUGAGGGGGUGGGGGCGGAUUUACAGUUGACGGAGAUGGAGUUGCACUAUGCGGAAACGCAUCCCAUAAACCUACAUUAG